AUGCCCAGCAUCAAGCUCCUAGUCGUCCUCCCUGCUUUCAUCUCUAUUUCAGCUUCUGCCGUCGUUCAGGUAUACUCUCAUUCGGGUCGAAGAAGUCUUCAAAGCUUUUAAAAAGCACAAAAAAAUCAAUGAAAUUUUUUUCUUAAAAAAAUUCAAAUUUGAAAAAAAUCAUGAAAAAAAGGGGAACUUUUGAUUUAUUUCAACAGCCAUUCAAGUUUUUUUUUUUGUUGAUAUUUUUUACAAAACCUUUUCAGAAGACAUCAGAGCAUGACGUUCGAAAAAACCAAAAUUAUGAUAUUCCGAAGUCUUUCCGGUCGGAUGCUUACCUAAUUCAAAAUCAAAUAAAUGUCUGGGACCAAAAAAAAUUCUCCCUUGAGUCAUGAUCAAUGUUUUCAUGGGCAAUCAAGACAUGACUUUUAAAGGCGCUUCCGAAGUUUUCACAGCCUUUCAGAUAAUUUAUUUCACUUCUAUCGGUUAUAAAAAAAAACCUUCAUGAAAAAUUAUUUUUAGGCUUUAUCAUGGAGAAAAGUUUCAAGUAACCUUUUUAUACAGCUGUCAUUGAAAUGCCGGAGUAACUAGGUCUCUCAACACAAGAAAAAAAUUUUGAGUCAAUUUUUUUCACUUAAGAAUCAAACAGGCGCCUUUUCUAAAUAAUCAUUUGUUUUUUGAAUUUUUCCUUUUAUAAAAUUUUAUCGAAACUUAUUUUUACGAAUUUUUGCGUUUUGAAAGUUCAGAGAGCAGUAAUUGGCUUGAACUAUUUUUUAAAAACAUUUUUCCUUGACUUAGUUGACUUUCCAAUUAAAGAGGAUGAAAAAAAAUCCGUCACAAAUUAUACGAAAAUUUAAGUUCAUUCAUUUAUUUCUUCAGACGGAAAAAUAAGAAGAUCCUUUUAAAAUUUUAUUUUAGUAGUUUCGUAAGACCUUUUUUUGCCUUGAGUGCCUGGGAAUUUUUUUCUAGAAUAAUAAGGGCGUGUGAAUAUAUAAAAAUCAUUAUAAGAAGUCAUUUACGCAAUCUUCUUAUAAGUGAAAGUCGAUGUGUGUGAUUUAAAAAACCGUGUUAUUAGAGACUAUGAAAUCAAACUUUUCUUUUUUUAUAAAACAUUCUAUAUUCAAAAUUAAAUAACUUCAGUUUUCUUGAGUUUUUUUCAGCAAAAAAACUGAUUUCGCCGCUUUAUUCACUAGUAAAUGAAAUCAGCCUUUAAGAUAAAAAUUUUCUUUUUAAAUUAGUAAUUCAAAGAGAAGCUGAACAUUUUUUUAAGUAGCAAAUAUUUGUAAUAAGAUGAUUUCAUUUUACUCAAUAUUUAAAAAGAGUUCAGAGGGAAUUCGAAUUGCAGAGUACCCUGAGAACUUCUUCGUCUCCUCAACUCAAAAUAAAUCUUUGAAGUUCGCGCCGUUCAAUUUUCAUAUUCUAGAGGGCUCGCAUUAGUACGGAUCUCAGCGUGUUCAGAAACCAAACAAUUUAUAUUAAAUACACGAUUUAUUGUAAAAAAAGGCUCAAUGUUGAAAUAGCAACAUUCAGUCCAUAAAUUGAAAUAUUGAGAAAAUUUUUUACUGAUAUAAUUAAAAUUUUAGAAACACCUGGUUUUUUUUCUGUCAAAAUAAGGCUUGGAUUGAAAAGAAGGACUUGCUCUCUUCAGCUUUUUAAUUAUCAAAUUAAUUUGUUAAAAAAAUGAAGAAAGCAAGUUUCCAGAGAAGUUUCAGCUUGCUCAACCAAAGAUCUGAAUCACUUCGUUUUGAAGAACUUUACCGUAUUUCCCGGUUUCAAUAAUGUUAAGUGCAGGUAUCCAACUAAAAGAGCUCAUAUUCGAGAUGGAAAAUGCAACUUUUUCCUGAGAAGAUUUUUGGAUAAUCGAGGAUAAUUUUUUUUUAAGUUAGUUCAAGAAUCAAGACAACCGAGUAUCUGUCCCUUCGAAAAGGAGAUCUAGAAGGCGUAAUUAUUCGUCAAAAAACCAGAAUAGUUGGAAAAAAGACUCCUUUCUACAUAGGAAAAAUUAGGCUUGAUUCAUUUGCAUCCUUUUUUAUUUACCUUAAGCAUCUAAGAAAAAAUAAACUUGAGCGGAAAUCCGAGCAAUAAUAUUUAUCUUUCGAAGAUACUGCUCCUUGUCCUUCACAAAAAAUAAUAGUUGGUUGGAGUAAAUAUCAAUUUGCAGCUUUGAAGAAGCUUGAAAAUUUUUACACUUUCUCAAAACUGAGCAAUUUCUUCUCAAAGCAGUACUUUGCAGGACGAAAUCCCGGAAACGCACGUGAAAAUCACUAAACUUGGCGAUUCGAAUUGGACACCGGUUCGAAAAAAGUUCCAAUGGACAAAUUCUGAAGCAAAAUACUUUUUAGGUCUGGUCGAAACGAUCUGAAAGAGCAUUCAACGAAAAUAUCCGCAGAUCAAGUAUUCGCUGGGGGAAGCGAUCAUCUGCACAGGAAAAAGUUUAUUUUGACUUCAUUUCUUGAAUAAAUCUAAAAAUUUCCAGCUUUUUAACUUCAAAAUGGCUAAUUUUAAAGUGAUAAAAAAAAAGCUUUUUCGAUUUUUUUUUUUUUGCUAGGUUGGGCUUUCUUUGAACGAAAUCCGUUUUAAAGCACUUCCCAGUUUCAAUGAAGUUGAGUGCAGGUAUUAAAAAAGGGCAUCUGAAAAUCUGAGAUUGAGAAUGUUACUUUUUUCUGAAAAGAUUUUUGGAUAAACAUGGAUAACCGCGAAUUUUUCUACAAAUGCUCAAAAACCACGUUCUGAUUUUUGUUCCAUUUUUCAGAGUAAAUGGAGCGAACUUCUUCGGGAUAAUCUUUUUUGGGUGAUAUUUUUCUGCAAUCUUAAGCUUUUCAUUUUUGUUCAAUCAUCAGCAUAGCAUAUAAUCAAAAACAACGCAUAUUUUGCGUGAAAUGUAGAGAACUCACUAUUUUUCACUAAGAAGACGUCAUCAUUUUGUUUUCCAUCUCUUUUCUUAUGUAUGACUAUUGGUCCUCAAUAAGAUGGAAAUGGAGAAAAUGAAAAAAAAAAAGUUCCAUUUUAUUCUACUAAAAAUUGAAGUCGAAAAAAAAAGAUGAACUAACUUUUUAAAUAUAAAAUCAAAAAGCUGAUUUUUUUCAAUUACAAGGUACAAAAAAUCCGAUUUUUAAACUCUAUUUUUUGUGCUAAAACUAUAAAAAGGAGUUAUUGCAGCAGUGGCAGUCCGUUGACGGAAAUCAACUGAAGGUCUCCGAAAUGGCGUUGGGCACUUUGUGGACGCCCAGACAUGUCGCACAGUUGCAGGUGCGUCAAACGUACAGUGGAGCACUUUUACUACGGCUUUUUCUUCUUUCAGACAGCCCAGGCGAAUGAAGAAGCCGAUACGAUGCCUGUAGAAAGAGUCGCCAAGUCUGUCCGAGCACAGGCUCUCCGGAACAAAAUUGGCAAAUCGCGAAUUCAUUGGGGACGAUGA